UCAUUGACAUCACCGUGCCUCUCCCCUCUCUUCUCCCUCUAUCCUCCCACAUAUUGCCCAACCAUCGCUUUGGUUGUGCUGGUGAUUUGAUGCUCCUCUUCUCCUACCGAUUCUCCAAUUGAAAACCACUGCUGAAGUCCGUCAUCAUGUUCGCUGCUGCGAGGUUGGCGUCCCGCCGUUCGCUCGGACGGCGGACGUUCGCUACCGUCGGCGACUCGCCUCUCUCCAGGAAGGUCGAAAUGACCAAUUGGGAGAAGGGUCACUACAUCAAUUACCAGAAGAUGAGCGAGAAUCUGGGAAUCGUCCGUAGCCGUCUCAACAAGCCGUUGACGCUGACGGAGAAGAUUCUCUAUUCUCAUCUUGACGACCCCCAUGGCGCCGAACUCGAGCGAGGAAAGUCUUAUCUGAAGCUUCGUCCCGAUCGCGUCGCCUGUCAGGAUGCUACCGCGCAGAUGGCCCUUCUGCAGUUCAUGUCUGCCGGCAUGCCCUCGGUUGCCACACCAAGCACUGUCCACUGCGAUCACUUGAUCGAAGCCCAGGUUGGCGGCCCCACGGACUUAGCUCGUGCUAAGGACAUAAACAAGGAAGUGUACGACUUCCUUGCCACCUCAUGCGCGAAGUACAACAUCGGUUUCUGGAGACCCGGCUCCGGUAUCAUCCAUCAGAUCAUCCUAGAGAACUACGCGUUCCCUGGCGCCCUCCUGAUCGGUACUGACUCUCACACACCCAAUGCGGGAGGCCUUGGCAUGCUCGCUGUUGGUGUGGGCGGUGCGGAUGCAGUUGACGUGAUGGCGGAUCUUCCCUGGGAGCUCAAAGCUCCAAAGGUCAUUGGUGUGCGCUUGACAGGUGAACUGUCUGGCUGGACAGCUCCGAAAGACAUUAUCUUGAAGGUUGCUGGUAUUCUAACCGUCAAGGGCGGGACUGGUGCGAUAGUAGAGUACUUCGGACCAGGUACUGAAAGUUUGUCUUGUACAGGAAUGGCCACGAUAUGCAAUAUGGGUGCUGAAAUUGGUGCUACCACGUCCGUGUUCCCAUUCAACGACCGCAUGUACGACUACCUUGCAGCCACCAAGCGCAAGGAGAUCGGUGACUUUUCUCGAGUGUACGCGAAGGAACUUCGCGAGGAUGAGGGUGCCGAGUAUGACCAGUUAAUCGAGAUUAACCUCUCGGAGCUGGAGCCGCAUAUUAACGGACCGUUCACACCGGAUCUGGCCACUCCCAUCAGCAAGUUUAAAGACGCCGUUAAGGAGAAUGGAUGGCCCGAGGAACUCAAGGUGGGGUUGAUCGGAUCUUGCACGAACUCCUCCUACGAGGAUAUGUCUCGCGCUGCAUCCAUCGCCGAAGACGCCAUGGCCCAUGGACUGAAGACCAAGUCUAUUUUCACCGUUACCCCCGGAUCCGAGCAAAUCCGCGCAACCAUUGCUCGCGACGGUCAGUUGAAGACGUUCGAAGAGUACGGUGGCAUGGUGCUCGCCAACGCUUGCGGACCGUGCAUUGGCCAGUGGGACCGUAAGGACGUCAAGAAGGGAGAGCCGAACUCCAUUGUCUCGUCCUACAACCGAAACUUCACCGGAAGGAACGACGCCAAUCCUGCGACCCACGCUUUCGUCACCUCUCCCGACCUUGUCGUUGCCAUGACCGUUGCCGGCACCCUUAACUUCAACCCUUUGACUGAUAAGCUGAAGGACAAGGAUGGCAACGAGUUCUUGCUGAAGCCCCCGACUGGACUCGGUCUUCCGACUCAAGGGUUCGAUGCCGGCGAGGACACCUACCAAGCACCUCCUGCGGAUCGAUCCUCCGUGCAGGUUGCUGUGUCCCCGACCUCCGACCGCCUUCAGAUUUUGGAACCCUUCCAGGCCUGGAAUGGCAAGGACGCUACGGACCUGCCAAUUUUGAUCAAGGCCCAGGGCAAGACGACUACCGACCACAUCUCAAUGGCUGGACCAUGGCUCAAAUAUCGUGGCCAUCUCGACAACAUCUCGAACAACAUGUUGAUUGGCGCAAUUAACUCGGAGAACGGCGAAGCGAACAAGGUCAAGAACGCCACAACCGGCGAAUAUGGCGCGGUUCCCGAUGUCGCCCGAGACUACAAGAAGAAGGGCAUUCCGUGGGUCGUUAUUGGCGACUGGAACUACGGCGAGGGCAGUUCCCGAGAGCAUGCCGCGUUGGAGCCUAGACAUUUGGGAGGUUUGGCGAUCAUCACGCGAAGCUUUGCUCGUAUUCACGAGACCAACUUGAAGAAGCAGGGAAUGCUGCCGCUCACCUUUGCCGACCCCGCUGACUACGACCGCAUCCAACCCGAGGAUAAGGUCGACCUGCUGUGCACGGAACUUGCCGUUGGAAAGCCCAUGACGCUCCGCGUGAAGCCCAAGGACGGACAGUCGUUCGACGUGAAGUUGCAGCAAACCUUCAACGAGGGACAGAUCGAGUGGUUCAAGAACGGAAGUGCGCUGAACACGAUGGCCAAGGCGGCGAAAUAGACGGGUCGCCUCGGCGAGACUGGAAUUUUCGACGAUGAAAAAUAUGGGAAUUUCUCAUGAACCUAGACAUCCCGGAAUUUGACAUAGGUAGCACAUGAGGAUGGAGGGAUGAGGGGGUGGAGGGGAUGUGUGGAUAUGUACAUUGAUCACGCGCGUAUUUGCUCCGGUUAUUUGUACGGGUUGGUUUUGAAAUUUGUACCGCUUCACUGAACAUAUAUUUUCACAGUGACCGAUAACGCCAUGUCGUGUAGCCGCUGAUGGAUACCUAUGACACUGCAGUCUACUAUCCUAAUAAGAACCCAUGAUCCCAACCAUAAGAUCACACCGCCGAUCCUACCGUCACCCCUGAAGCCGUGGAAGGGAGAACACCGAAUCUCC